AUAAAAUAAAAAAAACGUAAUAAAUAUCCUAAGUAUCAAAAUUAUUCUUCAAAAUUUAAAAAGAUGAUAAGAGUUUUAUCAUAUCUAUUACUUUUUUUGAUUUCUCAGUAUUUGCAAGUUAAAGGAUAGGUUAAUAAUUGCUUAUUUUACGUAUAAUAAACAAAAUAAUGCCUUCUUUGUGAUUCGGGAUAUUAAAUAUCUUCAUCUUAGCUUAAUAUAUGUGAAAAAAUAUAAAAAUGCCAAUUAAACUAGUUUAAUCAAACUAAUAAUUAGUGUUCUGAUUCAUGUUUGGGCUAGUAGGAGGUUUAAUACGAUAGAUAAUAAUAGUAAAUUAAUUGUGUUGAUAUUGUUUAUUGUCCUGUUUUGAUCCCUAUCUAAGACUAACUUAUUGACUAAAAAGUUGGAAUAUUCUAUUAUUUAGAUAAAUAGUUCUAGGUCAUCUUUGCUGGUAAUUUAAAUGGAAUAAAUAUAAUUGAUAUUGAAAGCGGAAAUAAUCAGUUUACUAUAUCUUACUAAAAUAUAAAUGAAUCAACCGGAUAACUAUUCUAUUACGAGUAUUAUGAAAGUAGUAUGAUUAUCUCAACAACUAACUAAUAAAGAUUGUAUCUUGUUUAUACUAAGGUUAGAUUGACUCCUAGCUCUUAAGUGAUAGACUUUUAUCAAAAUAAUCAAAUAUUAUUGAAUUUUUUUGUUAAUUGGGACUCAAGUUAGAUUUAAAUAAUUUGUAUUUUCAAUGGGGAAUUAGUAAUAUUCAACUAUAAUUUCUAAUCUUAAUAGAAAUAAAAUCCGAUCUAAAUUAAUCCAUCUAAUUUAAAUAUCUUUUCAUUUGCAAAUGCUAUUUUCUAUUCCUCUACAAGUAUCAUUAUAGAAGCUAUCAAAGAUAGUUCAUCUUAAACAAUAAACGCAAUUUACUUAUAAAUACAAGAUCAAAAUAAUUUUAGCCCUUAAGCCUUUUGUCAAUAUAGCAAAAAUACAUUUACACCUGUUUUUAGUCCUAGUACCUAAGAAAUUUUAUUUUACUCAGUUAGCGGAUUAAAAAUUUCUAAUUUGAAGAGCUGCUCUGACUUUUUGAGUAUUAUUAACUUUAAAAAUAUUAGAUAGGUUCUAACUAACGAUCAAAAAGGAUUUUUAAUAAUAAUAAGCGAUUCAUCAAUAUAUGGUUUUCCUUUUGAUUAAAAUCUUGGAAUACAAGAUAUUAACAAUAAACUAAAUCAGUAAUUACUUUUAGAUAACUCAUUAUUAGAAAUAUCUUUUUGCAUAGAUUACACUUAAACAAAUUCUUAGCUGUCAAUUAUUUGCUUUAAUGAAGCUAAAAGUUAAUUAAUUUACUUACAAAUCAAUGAAAAUAAUUAAUUUCAAAAAUUUGGUACAUUUACUUUUACUGAUAAUAUUCUUCUUUUUACUGCAUAAAAACAAGCUAUUCUGCUCUCCACUUAAUAAUAAUAUAUCUUUGCUCAAGGCAUCUCCACAUUUUUAAAUGACUAUACUCAAAGCAGUUGUACUUAUCAAAUCUCAGAUUAAGGUUUAAAUUCUUAGACUUAAUAACUGAGUUCAAAAGUGAUAAUUAUUGCUAAUACUAUGCAAAGUUAAAAUUUCAUUUAGUAAAUAAAAUUAAUAGUUAAUUAUUAAUAAGACAUCUCCAAUCUUGAAAAUAUAAAUCAAAUAAAAAAUUUGAAAGGUGUUCAAUAUUUUUAAUUAAAAUCUAAAGGAUCUGAUUAUAUUUCUAACCUACAAUCAUGGAUUUAAAAUAUGCAAUAUCCUUCUUUAGUCUUAAAUCUAAAUAAUAUUACAUUUAGUCAAAACAUUACUAUUGGAAAUUCAAGUCACUUAAAUUCAGUAUUUAUUUCAAAACUUUCUAUUUCUUAACAAAUUAAUAGUAUUUCUAUUGGCUUCAUAAAUUUAGACUUGAUUGUCUUUGAUGAAGUUGUAAUUUAUGGUAGUUAAAUAUCUAAUAGUUUUGUUUUUCAAUUAAAAAAUUGCUCGAAUGUAAUAAUUAAAAACAUGAAAAUCUUAUCAACUACAUUUUAAGAUGGCCUAAGUGGGCUAUUUUAAAUAAUCUCAUCUAAUUAGAUUUAUUUAAGGAAUUUGUAAAUAGUUAAUUGCAAUGUGAAUUCUUAAUCGCUCAUAUAAAUCACUAAACCAAAAUAUAUUUAAAUUUAAAACUCGUACUUUUACAAUAAUACAAAUUAGAACGGUUAGGUAAUCUAUUAUAGUAGCUAACCAAGCUUAAUUAAUAUUUAAGGAUCUGAUAGAUUAGAAUUAAUUAAUUUACAGUCUAUUCAAAACAAUAAUGUAACAACAAUAAAUAUGCUUUAAUCAUACUACAAUGAUGAAGGAGAUAAAGUUAUUAAUGAAAAAAGCAUAGCUAUCUUUUAAAACAUAACAGUAAAUAAUAAUACGGCUUAUUAAAAUUCAUAGAUGUCAAUUCAAUCAAUGUACUUUUUUGGAGAUUCAUUAAAUUUUUAAAAUAAUACAAGUUUUCACUCUAAUGGAACUUUUUAUUUAGAGAAUGCUGAUAUUUUUAUUUAAAAAUCGAACUUUUUGAAUAACCAAGCAUUUUCAGGAGGAGCCAUAUUUUUCAAUAUAACCAAAUUUACUUAGAUUGUAUAAUGCAUUUUUAAAAAUAACAAUGCAACUGCUACUGGUGGAGCAGUACUUUUACUGAGUUCUUAAGCCAUUUUGAACAACACGCUUAUCUAAUCCAACUAUGCUAUGAUUGGUGGAGGUAUAAGAAUAGAGCAAGGAAAGUUAUUUUAUGUUUAAUAUGAUACAAAAACAAAAAUAAUCAACAACAAGGCUUAGCUUUAUGGUUAAAACAUAGUAUCUCGACUUGCAAAAAGAGAGCUUUAUGUUAACAAUCAGCUUAUGACUGAACUAAACUAAGAAAUAGUAGCUUAUUUAAAUACCUAAAUUUCUUAAUAUGAGGAAUACUUUAGGAUAAUGAAAGCAUUUUUGACAUAAGAUUUAAGAAGUGGGUCAUAAAUCUAUAUUUUAGUAAAGUUGUAUGAUGUUGACGGAUCACUGUUCGUUUAUGAUCCAAAUAAGAUAAGCUAAUAUCCAAGCAAAAUAUAACAUGAACUGAGAGCUAUUAGUGGUGUAUUAACUUCUUAUGUAGUAUCUAUUAUAGGUGAGAUAUAGCUUUCAAAAUUUUAUCUAAGUGAAGGAGGUAUACGCUCUGAUGCCUUAACAAUAUUUGGAAGCCCUGGAUAGAAGAGUCCAAUAUUUUUAGUAGAAAAUUUUAUUGAGUUUACCUAUAACUAAAGCUAAGUAAAAAGAAUGAGACAUUUACAAUCACAAAUUCUUCAAACUAAUUCUUAAUUUUUUUCUGAUACUAUAAACUGUAAUCAAAAUUAAAAUUUAGGGUAAGCGAAAGAAAAUUAAACAAAUUUAAUUCAUUCUUAAAAAUUAAACGAUUUUUAUCUUAAAAUUGCUAAUAACGAAGGAAAAAUAACUUUACUUGAAAAUUUUUCAUAUCUUAACCAGAAAAAUUCAAGAAAAAGACUGCUGUCAGAUGUUGAAACGAUUUCUGCAAUUUUAAGUUCUUAAGACGUACUAGCGACAGGAUUAGUAAUAGAUUUUAAGCCAUGCUAAAUAGGAGAAAUAUCAAAGGUCAUAAACAAAGAUUUAGGAAUCGUUGAGUGCCUUCCCUGUCCAAUUAAUUCAUAUAGCCUAUUUAGCAAUUAAACUGAGUGUCAAAAAUGCCCAGACUCAGCUUAAGUUUGUUAAAACUCAACAAUAUUGCUGAAAGAUGGAUAUUGGAGAUAAAAUAAAUCAUCUGAUGAAAUUUACUCUUGUGAUAAAACAAUCCCAACAUGCUUAGAGUUUACUUAAAAAAACAUAGGCAAGCAAUGCAAAGAAGGAUCAAUUGGACCUUUGUGUUAAGGAUGUGACAUUCAUGGAGAUCACUGGGGCAAAAAAUAUUCUAUUUCGAGUCUUAAGGAUGGUUGUGCUGAGUGUGAUGGGUAGAGUAGCUAAAUCUCAUUUCUAAUUGUACUAUUUUGUUUAACUACUUUUUAUUUAUUAUUUGGAAUAUAUAUGGCUAUUAAAAAUAAUAUUCAUCAUUCUACAGCAUACUAUUUAAGGAUGAUGGGAAUAGCUCCCAUUUCUAGAAGUUCAACUAAAGACGAAAGCAGCUAGUACAUUAAACUUAUGACCCAUUUUUUACAAAUUGUAGCAGUAAUUAACUCUGUAUCUAUUCAAAUGCCUAAUGUUAUUAAUUUUGUUCCUAGUUUUACUGGUAAUCCUGCUUCUUCUUUAAUAUUGUCAGGUAACUGUCUUGUUUCCUAAAUAGGAUUUACAGAUAUAAUGAGAAUUAGAGUCAUACAAUCAGCUUUUCUCCCAUUAGUUUAUUGCUUAAGUGUGAUAGCUAUCUACUGCAUUCUAUGCUUCAUACGAAUAAUUAAAAAUUUUUAAAGGCAGUUUAUAUUCACAACUAUUAUUUUUUUGAUAAUUUUCUUCUAACCGGAUUCUGUGAUGUUCUUACUAUCAGCAGUAGGAUGUAAGAAGUUAGGAAAUAGCUUAUAUUUGAUUGCAGAUGCAAAUUACGAGUGUUAUACCACUUAUGAAUAUAAAGUAUUUUUGUAUUAUGUUACACUACCAUCUCUGGCAAUUUGGCUUCUAGGACCUUUAUCAAUUCUUUACUUUUUGAGAAAAAGAAAGAACAAGUUAAACAUGAUUUCAACAAAAAAGUUGUUUGGCUAUUUAUAUUUAGAGUAUAAACCAAAUUGCUAUUAUUUUGAAUUUGUUAGAAGUUGCUUCAAAAUGAUUAUAGUUUCAAUUUACACUUUGUCUAACUCAUCAGGUUCUUUUAAUUUGAAUUUAAUUGCAAUAAUAAUCUCUCUAUACAUAAUAAUCUCAAACAAAAUUAAACCCUUCCUUAGUUUAUUUUUAUUUCAUGUGGAUACUAUUACUCAUUGCGUUCUGCUUUUUGGGGUAAUACUUUCAAUACUCCAUAUUAAUUUCGAAUAGGACAAAGAUUCUUCUUACUACAUCGCAAUAGUUGUAACAAGUCUGAAUAUAUUUUAUGUUUCUACCAUGGUAUUACUUAUAGCUUCUUUGAAGGUAAGAUAAUACACUUUUUUGGUAUCUACUAUGUAAAGCAAAAUUGGCUUCAUUUUACCCCUCCUUAAGAAAAUUAAAAUAGCAUCCCACGAAUAAAAGAUGAAAACUUUGCUGAGAUGGAAGUUUGUGAAAAGAAACAUUCAUAAUAUUAUGUUAUAUAAAUUUAAUUAUGAGAAUAUCAAAAGAAUUCCAAAUUAAAAGACCAUCUGUUCUACAGAAUAGCAGCUAAAAAAUUAAAACCACUUAACAACAGGACCAAAUAAUUAAGAUAACCAAUAAUUAAAUAAAAAAGAUAUAUCAAUUGAAAAAAAUAAACUUCUAUUAAUAGAAACUCCAAGAGUGAUUUAGUCUAUAGAAAAUUGCAUUCAAGAGGUAAACAUUCAGAGAAACAAUAGAUGCAGUAUUCAUUCAAAAAAUAAUGAUAAAAACAGUUUUGAGAUAUUUUCAGUUGCUUGCUCUGAGAUAAAUAUCAAUUAAUAAUCAAACUAUGCUGAUUUUGACAAUUAUUAAUUACCUGUUUUUUAAAAAUUUAUCUCUUAAAAAAAUGUUCUUAUGGCCUCUCAAAACUAGAUUAAUUUGCAUGCGCCAUAAAAAUGAAUAAAAAGACCACUUAAUUAAUAACUAAAAAAAAACCUUAAAUACUAAAAAUCAAUUAUAAAUAUUAUGUUUCUUGUUUUGAUUUUAAAAUUCUUAAUAAAUUAAAUAGAUUAUUAUUUGUACAAUAACAGUAUUCUAAUUUUAUUUAAGUUUUUUUAAGUAUUGCUUACUUUUCUCAAAUUUUAUU